UCUCCAGUCCAUGAAGCCUGUAACCUGGUGCCCAUGGAUCCAAACGGUCUGUCUGACCCCUACGUGAAGCUCAAACUCAUCCCCGACCCCAAGAGUGACACCAAGCAGAAGACCAAGACCAUCAAGGGAAACCUCAACCCUACCUGGAACGAAACUUUCAAAUUUCCCCUGAAGGACUCUGAUAAGGACCGUCGUCUGUCGGUGGAGAUCUGGGACUGGGAUAUGACCAGCAGGAACGACUUCAUGGGAGCGCUGUCCUUCGGCAUCUCAGAACUCCAGAAACAAGGAGUGGACGGAUGGUGA